AGAUAGCUCCUGGCGUUGGGGUGGCAAGCACAUCGUCGCCUAAAAGCAGCCUGCUGACAGCAGUAGGAACUAAAACUAUGGUAGGCGCUCUUUCAGAUCCGUACCUUGCGACGUCUCUUUUCCGAGUGUGGAGUCUUGGCAACCCUAGCAGUGGUGGUCUAUCGGGUGCAAAUCUGUCUGGGCUAGCGCUGGGAUGAGGAUGCAAUCAACUUGUGAUGCUCAAUCCAGAAAGUUUCUUUGAUGUGCGAUUGCCUGAGAAGCAAGUCUUGCUGCCCUAUUUUUUGUCGCACAAAGAAGCAGCAGCUGCCCCAGCAUCAUCUCUGGGAACGUUUCAUUAAACACUGAUGCAGCGUUGGCAUGCAGAUGCAUCACAAACUCAAACGUUCUACUGAGUUGAGAGGAGUCUGAAGCAUGCAAACAGUGUGUGCUGAAAUUGAAAAAUGAACAGUACUUAUUGUAAAUAUGAAAAUUCUAUAGCCUGCUCCCUAACAAUCCGUAGGAGAUUCUCCCUCUGAUCGUGCCAGUCUGGACCGCGGUUACUACCGGGGGCUAACCAAGCUCCGGCGACAAGCGCCAUCCAACCAAGCGCACAAGAAUGUCAUCACUUUUCCAGCCGGACACCCGGACAUUUUUGCGUUUGAUGUGUUCCCGUCGAUGAAGAUUCCAGUUAUGAUGUUGAGCGGGAUAUGCGUUUCUUACGUGCCGGCGGUCGAGGCAGCGGUGGUGGGGCUGCGCACGGCGCGUGGUUCUACGUGUUGGUGACCCUUCCUGUGCUCCUAUUGCUGGCCGCAAUUCGCAUUUAUGUCCUGUAUACUGGCGGCCGCUUUCUUAUGGAAGUGCCACCUGGAGAAUCGCCGAAAUGGAAAAAAUUUGUGAUGCAUACUACAAUGAAUUUGAAUCGACACAGGUCCAAAUCAAUGGGCCCACCAAUUCAUUUAGUUGGUGGCGGCGCACGACGAGUCUCUAUGCCUACGUAGAUAAAGUAAGAUCCAGUCUGUCACGCUGUUUGAGUCGAAAACGAAAAUCUGAAAGCCCCAUGUUCGCCAUGCUGUUGUUUAAGUUUAACAUUCUUUCCCAUGAGUCUGCACCUGUUUGCGAUCGGCUUCAUCAUUUGCGUUCCCGCGAUUUAUAAUAAGGACAUUUUGUGCGUCGGGCAUCUCAUGCAUGGUGUUGCACCAUAAUUGCUAUUCCAUUUUAUUGCUUUCCCACCAGGUGAGGCAUCCAUAUUUACCGGACUCGUGGCCUCGCUCCAGCUUCGCCCCCUUGGUGGCGCUGCGCAGGCGGAGAAGGUCGCAGGGCUUGCCUGUUUGUCCGGAUGCUGCACACUGGACUUCUGGGCGUACUGGUGCUGCUGCUGUUCCUUCUGCGUGCGCCCUUGCAGAUCAACCCCACCGGCUGCGGGGCCCCCCUCGGUGACCAAGAUUGCGCCAAAAGGGGAGAGCCAGAUAUCAGACGUGUGAAAAGCAGCCAUAUGUUUUCUGUAGUUGGCUCUACAAAAUGAAAUUAUACAACAAGAAUUAAUUUGCGAUGUCGUUCUUGCACCAUUUUCCUCAUCGGAGCAUCAUCAUGAUCGAAACAAAAGUAAGCGUGGUCAGGUCGUUUUUCAUGCGUGGUGUGUGCUUGCUAUUGCGACCGUUAUAUAGUCGUGAUGUAGAAUCAGAAUGUUCAUGUUGACGGCUCACACCUUUUUCUGUUCCUAGCAAGGCAUCAGCAUCUGCAGCGUGCUGCAAUCGGCGACGUGAGAAAGUGUCGCCGGCGCCGUCUGUUUAGCCUGACAAACAGAUUUGAAAUUGGCAGCUUCUACAAUGCAGGCUUUCGAGAAAGACAAGGCACGUCACAGCACUCCUACUUACAAGUAUUCAGUUAGUAUUUCCCCCCCUGCAACAUGACAAGACCAAGACAUAUGCACUUCAAUCUACAGUGGAUACUAGAAGGACAAUAUCGCACAUGAAAGACUGUUUGAAGAAUGGUGUAGUACUAGUUUGAUUGUCUUGAUGACCUGCUUCUCUCGCAGUAGCAGCACUGGAUGCCUGAUGCGGAAAAAUGAGGAUCAAGAAGGAAGUGUGGCUGCUGAUAGUCAUUGAGAAUUUUACAGCGUAGCUAGCGGGCAUAUUUUUUCGCCACUUGCGUUAUUUCUCCUUUUUAUUUCUACCCGUCACAGGAGCAGGACGAGCUGCACAGUCGCACUGUUUGCGGUUUCAUUUCGUCGUUGGCAUGUAGUUAAAGAAACCGUGUCAGCCGGUGACUGCGUUCGUUGGAUAGAUCAAGAAUAUUUCAGCAUGCUUUGAUUGCCUUUUUUUGUGCGAUAUCAGAGGGGACACGACCAUUGGAACCCACAGAUCGUGACGUUGGAGUUGACCCACCAGCAUCCCCGCACCCGCUGACCCUGCGCGGCGACUCGGCUCCCGGUCGCGGUGGGGCUAAAGAGCAGAAGCUUGGAGGCGUCCGCAGAGCCGGCGCGUUCGUCGGCAAGCAACUGAGCGCCGCACGGUAUCAAAAGGAAAAAUCCCCCCUCCCCAUAUCGAAAAGGUAUGUUUCCGAAAAUUUCUGUUGCUGAUUUGAGGUCACAAAUCAUGUCUGUCUUGCAAGAAGACAAGGGCAGAAGCUUCCGCCCCAAUAUGGAAGCGAUUUGCCAUGCUGUUGGGCCUAAAAGUGACCCGCUUGCCGUGCUGAACAACUAGACCCAUACGCCCCUACCCAGCCUGGGGAUCUGGCCGCAGUACCUCUCUGCAAUACAAACCCGAUUUCGGUACACAAAUCCAGCAUCAGAAAUUCCGUUUUGAUAUGGGGAGGGGGGAUUUUUCCUUUCGAUACACGGGAAGCAGUCGCUUCUCGCUUUAGCGGGGGAGCUAGGAACAGGAGAAAAUCCGACCUACCGGGGGAAGCCUGCACUUUGUAUCACGUGGCCCGCGACGGCAAGCCGUUUUUCGAUGCGAGUGAAGAUUCCGGCGCAGACGGUGCGAAGUGUAGAAGCGGCAUACACGAUCAUGAUCGUGGUCGGGUCGCACCAAGUACCGCGUUGACGCCCCGGCUAUCAAAUGUAAAAAUGUCUGGGUCUGGAAGAUUGGAACUUGUGAUGCUAACUUUGGAAUGUAAAAAAAUCUGUAUUGCAUGACCAGCAAGAGGAGCCACAUUUGUGCUACGCGAGGAGGGCAUUUGUCAUGCGCAAAUGGCAUCAGGAAGCUUUCCAAAACUCUGUGAUGCUGGGUCAUGCAUUACAAGCAUCAUGGGUCAUGCCAGACAAGCAUGACAAGCCUUCCAUUCUUCCAGACCCAGACAUUUUUACAGUUGAUACCGGCGCCGCAGCAUCGAAGAAAUCUUAAACGAUUCGGAUCGCGUAUGGAUGUGUCAGAGUUGAAAUCGUCAAAGUUGAAAUGAUUUGUCAUGCAAAAAAUGCGACACAAUAUUGCAGAGGACGCACGGGAGGCAGAUCAUAGUCCUGGUAAGGGUCAAAAGUUGGACUGCUGACUAGCAUGACAGAAGGCACCUCUUUUGCCCUGAACCGCAUGACAGACUCGCUUCCAGGACCGGGAAAAUUUGUCAUGCACCGACUACAAACUGUAGGCCUAAUUGGUAUCCGUUUUAUGCAUGACAAACUAUCUCAACUUUGACGAUUUCAAACCUGACACAUCCAUAUCGCGUUCUAUCGAAGUCCCCGCGCUAUGCCUGGAGUAUGUUUAACUCAAGUCAGGGCCAUGGUCAGCGACAGCUGGUGGUACAGGCUAGCUGUGCGAAAAUGCAAGAACUCUUGUUGUCUUGCCGAUACUUAUCAGUCCGUGUGGCUUGUUGUCGUGCACUUGUUUUUCCAACAUGGAAAAAAUAG